AUGCGGGCAUCGGGGCCCGCCGGGCCCCAGCGCCUGCGACGUGGCUGCGCCAUCCUGGUGCUGCUCCUGGCCCUGUGCGGGCGCGGCGCGUGCCAGUUGAACCAGCAGUUCGCGGAUGAGGGCGAGGAGGAGGAGAACAAGUUUCGGACGAGGGAGGCGGAGCUGGACGUCAGGCGGCGCAGCAGAGCCCCUCCUGAGGAUGAGGAUGAGGACACCAUCAGCCACUGCUCCCACAAAAUUCACCUGAGGUGGAUGACAGAGGUGUCUUCGAGUGUCUACAGCACCCCGCUGAUCACAGACCUUUACAGCGAUGGCCACAAGGACAUUGUUGUGCCAUCCUUUGUCCACUAUCUUGAGGUGCUGGAGGCUGAGGAUGGGGCCAAGGCAGUUGGGUGGCCCGCCUUCCACCAGUCGACAGUGCAUACAUCACCCUUCCUGUAUGACAUCGAUCGGGAUGGCAUCCAGGACAUUGGCAUUGCAACUUAUGAUGGAGAGAUCCUGUUCUACAAGGAUACAGGUGCGAAGCUGCCACAGUCGCUCCUCAUCCCCAAGCUGCCAGUGAAGAAGGACUGGUACGUGGGCCUGAACGAGGACCCGAUGGACCACAGCAAUCCCGACGUUGGGGAUGGUGUCGACCCCUUCAAAAAGGCAGAGGAGAAGGCGGCUGAAGCUGGUGCCCAAAAGGCGACCCAGGGGUCAGGAACUUCUGACGGCGCCGCUGACUCAGACGCCACCGUCCUGCGGCGCCGCCGCCUGCAGGACGUGGAGCGAUCGACCGACAUGGCCCUGGAAAACGAACACAAAUUGACGCAGGAGGCGGCGGAGUCUUUCAAGUCACUGGAAGAGGAUGAGGACUCCGAGGAGGGUGGAGACAUUGGCGGCGUCUACGGCGGUGUGUACGACUACCAAGGCGACGUCGCGGAGCGCUACGCCGACUACAUCGACGAGGCCUACAGGGGGAUCGGUAUGAACAGCGACGACUUCUGGGGAGACGAGGAGUUCGAGGGAAGGCCGCAGGAGAAGAAGGAGUCCAGCCACGUGUACAUCGACUCGCACGUCCUAAGCACCCCGGUCGUCGCGGACAUAGACCAGGACGGGGUGGAGGAGCUGGUGGUGUCCGUGAGCUACUUCUUCGACCGGGAUUACUACGACUCGGCGGAGCACAGGGGGGAGCUGGGAGAGGGCGUGGAGCCGUCGCACUACAUUGCGAGCGGCAUAGUCGUGUUCGACCUCUACCACAAGUACGUCAAGUGGACCGCCCACCUGGACCUGUCCUCCGACAAGACCAAGUUCCGCGCCUACCUGUACACCGCGCCCACCGUCGUCGACAUCGACGGCGACGGCAACAUGGAGGUCGUCGUGGGCACGUCUUACGGAUUUCUGUACGUCUUGGACCACUUGGGCAGCUCGAGGCAGGGCUGGCCGAAGCAGAUGGCCGGCAUCGAGGGCCAGGCGCUCGUGGCGGACCUCAACGGAGACGGAGAGGUGGAGAUCUUCGCAGGCGACACUCGUGGCUCUGUGGCCAUGUUCGACAUCAGCGGCAAUGAGCUCUGGGAGCGCCACCUGGCCAGCCUCAUUUCCGCGGCGCCCACCGCCGGCGACGUCGACGGCGACGGCCGCCUGGAGGUCGUCGUCGGCACCGCCUCGGGACACAUUUUCGUCCUUGAUGGUGCCACGGGGGAGGACAAAUCGCCCUUUCCGUUCCGGACGCACGGGCGGAUCAUGGAGUCGGUGCUCAUAACGCGGCUGCACAGUGGGCCCAGCCAGCAGCUGGUGGUCGUGGCAUUCGACGGGUAUAUGUAUGCCAUAGAUGGGGAGACGGCCUGCGUCGAGGCGGUGGACGUGGGGGAGACGUCCUACAGCAUGGUGCUGGCGGACGACUUGAACGACGAUGGCAAGAUGGAGCUGGUGGUGGCGACGAUGAACGGGAAUGUUUACAUGUUCGAGACGGGCGGGGACUACCACCCCUUGAAGACGUGGCCAGCUCAGGUCCAGAGUGUGAAUGGAAUGGUUGCGCGGCACCGGUGGGUGGGCAUAUACGCGCUGAAGAGCUCGCGGGUCAGGCGGGACGUCCGGGGCGACAAGGUCGAGGUGACCUUCCGGAUCGUCGACUACCGGCCUCUCGAGGGAAAGCGAGGGGGCCCGCCACCAAAGGGCCACGGGCCGUACAACGUGACGGUGAUGCUGAAGGGCGUGGGCGUGAAGGAGAUGAAUGCUGGGGGCACGCCGGUCAUCGGCGUCAUGGAGACGUACACCUCAAACGGCACGUACACAGUGGUGGUGCCCUGUCCGCGCAGCAGGGCCACGGCCACCAUCUUCAUCGAAAUGACGGACAGGCACAGGCUGUCGUACACGGAUGAGUUCAGCCUGUCCUUCCACAUGCACUGGUACAAGCUGGUGAAGUGGCUGCUGGCGCUGCCCUUCGCGGCCAUGGUCUUCACUCUCAUCGCCAUUAAAGCGCCGCUGACUUCGGAGCGUUACCUCCCGUCGUAA